CAGCCCUCCACCGCGAGGAAGCACAGACACCCCGCACCCGCCGCCCAGCCCUCGCCGCCCCUCGGCCGCUCCGACCGCCGCUGCCCGCAGUACCCCGCGGCGGGGGCGGCCGCCGAGAACACCUCCCGCCGGCGCCGCCCCCUUAGCUGCCCGAAGCCCGCCUGCGCCGCCACGCGCGGCCGGAGCUCACCUGGGCCGGGGCGCAGGCCGCUCCCUGCGCCGAGCCCCACGCGCGUGUCCCGCUCGCGCUUCCCGCGGCGGCGGAAGUUUCGGGAGUCGCGUUUAACUCGGGACCUCGGCGGAGAGGACCCCCCCCCCCGGGUUUUUUUCGUUCCAAGAUGGCAGCCUCCAGCCGCGCACAGGUGCUGGAUUUGUACCGGGCGAUGCUGAGGGAGAGCAAGCACUUCUCCGCCUACAACUACAGAAGUUACGCCAUCAGGAGGAUAAGAGAUGCCUUCAGAGAAAAUAAGAAUGUAAAGGAUCCUGUACAAAUCCAAGCCCUAAUGAAUAAAGCCAAAAGAGACCUUGGAAUAAUCCGUCGACAGGUACACAUUGGCCAAAUGUAUUCGACUGACAAGCUCAUCAUUGAGAAUCAAGAGAAGCCCAGGACCUAGGGAGCCGGGACCAGCCACCAGCAGCAGCCGUGGACCACUUUCAGCAUCCAUCCUGCUUGGCAAGGGCACUCCCAGCAGACCACAAGUGGCCUCCCACAUCAGCUUUAAACAGCUUCUCACUCUGCCUGAUGAACUGAGCAAGGUUCCCGUUCUCCUGCAGUCUUAGCGACAAGGGGCGGCCGUCUCUCCUCGGUUCAAGUGUUAGAGUGAAGAGCUGGAGCUCCUCAGGAGAAUGCCGUGUAUUACUGCGUCUCCUCCAGCCCAGCCCUCCUGGUAGCUCCUCAGCACUUGUAUACAGCAUUCCCAGAGUUUGUUUCUUGGUCCUUGACAAUAAAAAGAAGGUCCCUAGGCCUCUGUACCGGACGCGCCCAUGACGGUUAAUGCCCUUCUGUUUCCUGCUGGGUGGCCGGUCAGUGGGGAGACCAACAGGGAGGGUCCAGCCUGAGCUGAGUCCCCCCUUUGCAAAGGCAAGUCCAAGCACAAGUAGAGAUUUGGGGGCAGCGUGGAGUAGGGCAGAGCUGAAACGGUAAAGGGUGCGCCCUGCAAUUCAGACCUGGGCCCAGUGCAACAGCAGAGGUGGUCUGUGUGUGGAUGCACACCUGGGGACAGGUAUGUACAACCUGCUGUCAGACUGUGGUCUCGGGAUUGGCGACGUCAGCCCCACCGGGGAGCUUGCUGGAAGCGCAGAAUCUCAAGCCCCACCCCCAAACCUUUUGAAUCAGAAUCUUCAGUCUGACACACCCUAGGAGACUCCAGUAUACACCGAGGUUUGAGACAUGCAUCCCAAAGCUCACUUACUGAGUCAGAAUCACCUGGAGAGACAGAGAGUUUUUUUGUUUUGUUUUGUUUUGAGGUA